GCCCCUCUGCUUUGGGAGACCUUGCUGCAGCGGGAGCUCUGGCCGUCUACCCUGAUCCUGAUGGGUGGAGCUCGCAGGCACGCGCCGAACUUGCUGCCUGACUUGUUGAAGGCCUUUCAUCUGUGGGGCGCCGCCGCUGUGGCCAGUCGGGCUAUCAGAGGACCGGAACCUUGGCCGCUGCUGGACUGGGGCUUCUUCUUCCAACGGAGCUUUCUGGACUCCCGGGUUUUGGACCUCUCGGCCUGUGCCCGACAUCCCGAAGUGGCGGUGGCGAACUUCUACAUGAAGGGCGUGGGUCUGCGAGUUCUGGGCUCCUCAAAAGGAUCCGCCGGGGGCCGGAAAAAGCUGGCGCCGUCCUUUGCGACGUGUCGCAGCUCGCUGCGGAGCUCCGGCGUGGAGCCCUCCUUCGCCUUUCCACCGGAGCGCCGAGUCCUCUUUGUGGUGCUGCCUGUUCAUUUCAUGCUGUCGCACCUGGACCUAGCAUUGCGAUUGGUGGCGCUGCAGACGAGGUUGCCUGACGAUGUGGUGCUGGCAGCCUCCGACGAG